GCUAUAUUCUCUCUUCUAGUUUUCUAAAUUUUUAAGCCUAUAAUUAAACACUUCCAAAACUUGGAUUGCUGUUUCACAGUUAGUGUUGUAUUGCAUUGGGUGGCCUUUGACUCCUCCGACUUAUUAUAUCCUUCACUCCCUAUCUUUAUAUAACAUCCAACCCCCACUCUCCUUUCUCCUAGCCUCUCUCUUUGCUCCUUCACCAUCAUGGAAGCACCAGAGGAACUCAAAGAUCACACCAACAUUCUCAAAGGCAAAAGAACCAAAAGGGUAAGGCCACAAUCCCCUAUCCCCUUCUCCAUCACCGCCAAUUCCUCUACAGGAGGAGAUGGUGAUAGAGAAGAAGAAGAAGAAGAUUGCAACAACAACAAUCUUCGUAUUAAUAACAACAACAAUAACAACAACAACAAUAGUCAGAGCUCCCCCACAACUUCCUCGGCGGGGUUACAGGACAGCACAGAUGAAGAGGAGGAUAUGGCGAAUUGCCUUAUCCUCCUAGCACAAGGGCAGUCCCGGGAACCGCAGCGUCUGCCCGCCGAGGAAGACGGGGGCAUGAGCUACGCCAAGUACAGCAGUAGGAAAUUCUUGGAAGCGGCUACGUUGGGGUCUAGCAGGGCAGGGUACUAUGUUUAUGAAUGCAAGACAUGCAACAGAACUUUCCCUUCGUUUCAAGCACUUGGAGGCCACAGGGCUAGUCACAAGAAGCCUAAGGCAAUGAUGGGAAUUGGCCAAGAGAAGAAGCACCAACUCCUUUUGUCAUCAGAUGAGGAAGAGUUUCAAUUCAAGACCAACAAGUCACCGUUCUCCCUUCAGCUCAAUAACAACAAUUCAAAGGGGAAUUUGUAUACAAGCAACAACAACAAGUCCAAGGUGCACGAGUGCUCCAUCUGUGGUGCUGAAUUCACAUCAGGACAGGCACUUGGAGGUCACAUGAGACGCCACCGUGCACCGGUCGGAACCGCCAUCCCUGCCGCCGCCACCACUCUCUCCUUCACCCCAUUGCCUUUGGAACCGGAAGAAGAUCACCCCAGGAAGAAAAGGAAUGUCUUGAAUUUGGAUUUGGAUCUCAACCUUCCUGCUCCAGAAGAUGAUCAAAGAGAAUCCAAGUUUGCCUUCGCAUCCAAGCAACAACAACAACAUGGCCAGAAACAACAACAACAACAACAACAACAAACAAGUCUUGUCUUCCCCGCACCAGCUUUGGUGGAUUGUCAUUAUUAACAAGGUUCUAGCAUGAUAUUUCACAAGAUGAUGGCGAAAGUGAAACUGGGUUAAUGUGCAAUUUUGGCCAUACUUCUGUUGUUGUCUGAUUAUUUUUUUUAAAAUUUUUUUGAUCUAUACAUUUGUUAUGAUAAUUUUCAUGACAUGAUUCUUUUGAUUCUUUGUCAACUUGAUCGAGCCUGAGGCAUGGGUGAGGUCAGUUGUUUAUUGGAGAAAGUUUAAAUUUGUUCUGUGAAAAGACCCCUACAACUCAUGGAUAGCGCAUGUUGGGUAUCUUUUUUCACUUGCUUUUGAUUGGUGUUUGGCUCUUUUUCCAUGCCAGAGAAUGUGAUGUAUUAUGACUGCAGAGAGGGUGUUGGUACUAUGCAAAAAGUCUUUGUUUAAGUUUCAUUGUUUUGUCCACAAGAAAACAUGUCUUCUCUCUCUCUCUCUGUGUGAGUGUGUUCCCCCCAUAUUGGUCAUGGAAAUAGAAUAAAAGUAGGGACAGCCAGUAAGUAACUGCUAUUUCCACAUGAAUCCUCAAGGUGUCCUUUUUCCCCUUUACCAAUAUGUUGUCAUUAAAAAAUUAUGCUAAUGUUCAGCUAAUUUUGUUUUUUUCUUUGCUUGUUCUCUUUCUGUGCUAGUUAAUUGCCUACUCAUUACACCUAAGCAACCUCAUGCUUCAUCAUCCAUCAAUUUCUCAUCCCAAUCCUCUAAAUUGGCUUAGCUACACCUAAUAAUAAGUACCAAAAUUACAGCAGAUCAAAUCCACAAUCCAGGCUCUGUUAAGUUAUUGAACACAUUAAUAAACCAUACGAAAAUUUGAAUUUCUUUACUUUUUGAUGAAGCAGAAAGAGGCGUUGAAGAAAAAUGAGUUACUCCAUAAAUAUAGGU